CUCCUAGUCUCCUGGGCAACUGCAGAGAUCUCGCGAGCUUCUACUUUUCUGGCGCUGUGGCUGAGGCCUAUUACACAGGAGUCUUAAGAUAUCGCGAGAAAUUUAUCUCUAAUUUGUUAAACAUAUUUUGGGAAACGUGGAAUUUAGCGAGAAUAUCUUCUUUUCAUAACCCUCUGCCUCCUUUUUUUCUGCCUGAUGAGAUAUUCUGUUCUAAAUAUCCCCAGUCGCUAGGAAUCAGAAUUGACUCCACGGCAAUGGGUUUGGGGUUUUUUUUUUUUUAAUGUGCUAGAUUACCAAAUCGCGCUACAUUUCCCGCGGGCACGUGCAGCCCAAGCACCACCCCGUGCGUAUGCAUGGCUGAUCUCCGUCUACGGUGGCCGAGAAGGGACAAUGGUUUCCAUGUCAGCGGGUAAAUACGCUCCGCUGAGCUCCUGAACCUUGAGUGGAUGUAGUCGUGAACGUUUGCUGAGGAGCAAAGAAGCAACUGAGGAGACGGUGGCCCAUAGAGCUAGAGUCAUGCCGCGCCGGGGCCUAGUGGCCGGGCCAGACUUUGAAUUUUUCCAGCGUCGCUAUUUCACGCCGGCAGAGGUGGCCCAACACAACCGGCCCGAGGACCUUUGGGUGUCUUACCUGGGCUACGUGUAUGAUCUAACGCCGUUGGCACAGAAGUACAAGGGGGACUUGCUGUUGAAACCCAUCGUGGAAGUUGCAGGCCAGGACAUCAGCCACUGGUUUGACCCAAAGACCAAAGACAUCCGCAAGCACAUAGAUCCCCUGACCGGCACUCUGAGGUACCGCACACCGCGGGGCCGCUUCUUGCACGUCCCUCCUCAGCUACCCCGUUCGGACUGGGCCAAUGAUUUCGGCAAGCCCUGGUGGCAGGGGUCGCAUUACGAGGUAGGGCGACUGUCUGCGAAGACCCGGCACAUCCGCAUCAUUAACACGCUCACUUCGCAGGAGCAGACAUUGGAGGUGGGAGCCCUGGAAUCAAUGUGGGAAAUCCUACACCGCUAUCUCCCCUAUAACGCACACGCUGCCAGCUACACAUGGAAAUAUGAAGGGAAGAACCUGAAAAUGGACAGUACCCUGGAGGAGAAUGGGAUCUGGGAUGAAGACGAAGAAUUUGACUGGCUCAACAUGGACAGUACACUCUACACACCUGCAUUACUGCUGUACUUCAACGAUGAUCUCACUGAGCUAUAAGGAGGGAUUUGUAUGCUUAUGUACACUUGAGACAUACUUUGAGUUUGGCUGUUUCUGUGCUCUGAAGAGGUGGGGUGAUCAGUGCCUGGACCUAGAUGUCCACUCCUCUCUGAGAACUGACCUAUCCAGUUCAAAAAAGGUCCUCUUCCCCAGCUCCAUUACAAUCUGCUCCAAGAAAAUUGAGAACUGUAGAAAUGAAUUAACUAAUUAAUUUUUAGUGAUACAAGGAUAUGAAGGUAUCUUGGAUCAGGAAGGUGUAGAAAAGGAUGUCAGGUAGAGCUCGGGUGGAACUUUUUGAUAGUAAGGGAAGUCCUACAUGUAUGGAGAAUAUUUUGGUAAUGAUGGAAAUAACGGGUUGGAUGCAGGAAGAUCAGAAUUACAAAGACAGGAGUAGGAAGUGUCUAUUGACUGUACAAAACAGGCUUAUUUCCCUUCUACAAUAGUAUCUGGCACCUGAAGCCCCAGGGAAAGAAAGGAAGUGAAUGGUUACUAGGUAAUUCAAGCUAGAUAUUAUGCUCAGUGCUUUAUACAUCCUCUUUAAUACAACUACCAAAUAAGGUGGAUACCACUACCGCUAUUUUACAGAUGUCUUCUGAGGCUUAGAAAUACUUAAUAGCACAAAGGCAUACAAGUUAGUAACUAUCAGAGCCAGAAUGUAAGCCCGUCUGUCCAACUCCAAAGCCUUUAUUCUCAAUGUGAAGGCAGUGUCUCAAAGUCUAAUUCAUGUUAACAUUUGUAACCACUGCUCUCAGACCAAGUGUUUGGGAUGAGUUUGUCCUAGGUCAGUUGCACAAUGGGGCACUGUUAUGUAGUCAGUCACUCUUCUUUUUGCAGUUACAGCCUUUGGGAGGAAGUUAGCAGAGUUCUCCAGUGGCAGAGAAGACUCAGGGAAGGGUGUCAGCUAAGCAGUAGGUAGUGAGGCUAAAAAAAAAAAAAAUUUUUUUUUUAGUUCCUAGUUAAUCCCAUAGCAAAAUUUUUCUUCUGACUUUUUGAGGCAAAUUGAUGGGUAUUUACUCCAAGUAAAAAGACAAGAGUGGGGAAAGGGCCUGGGGAUUGAGACAUUUUGAAUGGGGGAGCAAAAUGGGGCAAGAAGUACAGUAUGUUCAGGAUGAGCACAGCCUUAGGGAAGGUGAGGAAGACAGGGUUGAGUUUGCAAAGAGGAGGCUUGAGAGGGAGGGGUAAUGUACAAGAGAGGAGCCAAGUAUCAGAAAACUCUCCUGGUGACCAAGAGAAUAACCAUGGGGGGCCGUGGCCAGAUUUGAUAGCCUUUAACCUAACCUUGGGAGUUUUCUGAGGGGCUAUGAGAGGUAUGAACAAAGGUAGAGCUAUCCCUACUGGCUUCAGCAGAAUCUGAGGGCUUCCCUUCAAUCCCAUGAAAUGCAGAGUCCAUGAAUUAUCUGAACCAAUCAUUUUGAUGAUUGAUUAACUCGGGAGUUGUUUCACGUGUAUCUUGUUUGCUCAAUUAAACCCUGUUUGAGAACUGAAGUGAACUGUUCUCUGCACCAGCCUUGGGGCUGUGUCUGCAGGAUGUGCUCAUGUUCCUGCCUGAACCUGUCCCUCUUCCAAUUGCCUACUUCUGUACUUCUUGCCAGAAACACGUCCCUCUCCCCACACACCCGGCAGAUUCUACCUCCUAAAUAUCUUUGGAAUCUAUUUUUUCUUUCUUCCAAGCCACCCUACCUCUUGACUGGACUGCUCUGGAAGCUUCCUAGCCUGUCCCCCAUUUCCACUUCUGCCCUCCACACACCACAGAGUGGUCAUUGGAAGACAAGCAUAAUCAUCAAACUUUACUGCCUCAGGUUCUUCAGUGGCUUCAAAUUGUUUUGGGGAUAAAGUCCUAAAUCCAAGACUUUGCAUAAUUCAAGCCUUGCCUACCUUGCAUAUCCCAUCUCCUGACAGUCCUCUUUAUUCCCUGUGCUCCAGUGACACUGGCUGGCUUUCAGCUCCUUAAAUGUCUUCUUGCUUCAGAGGCUUCACAUAGACUAUUCUCUCUGCUUGGGACACUCUUCACCUAGCUGAUCCUAAAUAUUUCAUCCUCAGGGAGGCCUUCUGAUUUCUUGGUCUAGUUCAAGAACCAAAAAACCAACUGCCCUUGAGUCGACUCUAACUCUCACUCAUGGCAACCCCAAGAGUCCCUGUUAAAUCUUUUCUUAUCGCCAAGCAUUUUUCGUUCAGAGUACAUACUAACUGUAAUUUUAAAAUUAUGGAUGUAAUUGGCUGGUUGGCUGCUAGAUUGUAAGCUCAUAAGGGCAGAGAUCUUAUCCAUCAUGUUCACUGCUGUAUUCCUGGUGUUGGGCACACAGUUGCUGCUCAAUAAAUUUUCUUUGAAUGAACUGAAUUGUUAAGUGAAUUCAUCUGUCUGUGGACAGGAUGUUGUGUCCUGGGAGACAAGGUGGGACCAAAAAAUAGGAUGUCUGGAUCCUGGCUGCAGUCUCUAUCUACAGGCUUCUCUUUCCUUGCUUCCCCUUAGAUCCAAGACCAAAAAUUACUUAGUAGAGGUUCUUCCUCUCAUCAGAGAUUUUUGGGGCAACCCACCUGUCAUUUCCCCCUAUGGCCACCAGGUGGCUGUAGUGGCUUAUGGAGUCAGAGAGAAGGGCCCAGAGGAGGGAAACCCUAUUGGAAAGUGUCCCUUUGAGAUUUAUAGCAGGGAGGGAAGGGUCAGAAAAAAGGAAAAUCCACAUGGCCAACAUUCUAUUAAUAUUAGGUUUAUUCCUGCUUUCAAUUUUUUCCACAAGAACAUGCCAACGAAAGGGCAGUUUCAAAAGUAAAGCUCAUGGGCUACGACAAGUAGGUCUUAAUUUCAGAACUGAGUGUGUAUGAGAUGAAGGCACAGAGCUGAGGAAAGAAGAAAGACACCACAAAUUUUUAAGAGAGUACAUCCAUUUAUUAAUAUUUACUUUUUAGCUUUAUAAUUUUGUUAUUGUACUUUAGAUGAAGGUUUACAGAGCAAACUAGUUUCUCAUUAAACAGUUACUUUCUGUGACAUUGGUUGCCAACCCCACAACAUGUCAACACUCUCCCCUUCUCAACCUUGGGUUCCCCAUUACCAGCUUUCCUGUCCCUUCCUGCCUUCUCAUCCUUGCCCCUAGGCUGGUGUGCCCAUGUAGUCUCGUUUUAUGGGCCCAAUUUGGCUGAAGGGUGAACCUCAGGAAUGACUUCAUUACUGAGCUAUAAGGGUGUCCAGGCCAUACUCUUGGGGUUUCUCCAGUCUCUGCCAGACCAGUAAGUCUGGUCGUUUUGUGUGUGCGUGUGUGAGUUAGAAUUCUGUUCUACAUUCUUCUCCAGCUCUUGUCUGGGACCCUUUAUUGUGAUCCCUGUCAGAGCAGUUGGUGGUGGUAACCAGGCACCAUCUGGUUGUCCUCGACUCAGUCUGGUGGAGGCUGUGGUACUUGUGGUCCAUUAGUCCCUUGGACUAAUCUUUCCCUUGUGUCUUUGGUUUUCUUCGUUCUCCCUUGCUCCAGCCGGGAUGGAGCCAGUAGAGUAUGGCCACUUACAGACUUUUAAGUCCCCAGACGCUACUCACCAAAGUAGGAUGUAGAACAUUUUCUUUAUAAAUUAUGUUAUGCCAACUGAGCUAGAUGUUCCCCCAAGACCAUGGUCCCUACGGCUCUCAGCCCAGUAAUUUGGUCCCUCAGGAUGCAUCUAUGGAGUUUCCAUGACCUUGCUUUGGACAAGUGCUGGCUUCCCCAGUAUUGUGUACUGUCUUACCCUUUACCAAAGUUACCAUUUUAUCUGUUGUCUAUUUAGUGUUUUUCUCUCUCCUCCUUCAUAAACAUCAAAGAUUGUCUCUUUUUGUGUACAAACCUUUUCAUGAGUUUUUAUAAUAAUGGUCUCACACAUUGUCCUUUUUUGACUGACUUAUUUCACUCAGGAUGAUGCCCUCUAGAUUCAUCCAUGUUGUGAGAUGCUUCGCAGAUUAUCAUUCUUUAUUGCUGUGUAGUAUAAUCCAUUGUGUUUAUGUAUCAUAGUUUAUCCAUUCAUCUGUUGAUAGGCACCUAGGUUAUCUCCAUCUUUUUGCUAUUGUGAACAAUACUGCAAUGAACAUGGGUAUACAUGUCUAUUCGUGUGAUGGCUCUUAUUUCUCUAGGAUAUAUUUCUAGGAGUAGGAUUGCUGAAAUCAUAUGGUAUUGCUAUUUCUAGCUUUUUAAGGAAGUGCCAUAUUGUUUUCCAAAAUGGUUGUACCAUUUUGCAGACCCAUCAGCAGCGCAUAAGAGUUCCAAUCUUCCGGCGGCCUCUCCAACAUUUGUUAUUUCUGUUUUUUUGAUUUGUGCCAGUAAUGUUGGGGUGAGAUGGUAUCUCAUUGUGGUUUUGAUUUGCAUUUCUCUAAUGGCUAAUGGCUAGUGACCACGAGCAUUUCCUCAUGUAUCUGUUAGCUGCUUGACUGUCUUCUUUGGUGAAGUGUCUGUCCAUAUCCUUUACCCAUUUAAUUUGAUUAUCUGUCUGUUUGUUGUAGAGGUGUUGGGUUUCCUUGUAGAUUUUAGAGAUUAGACCUUUGUCAGAUUUGUCAUUGCCAAAAAUUUUUUCCCAGUCUGUAGGUUCUCUAUUGGCAAAGUCUUUCAAUGAGUGUGUUUAAUUUUUAGAAGAUCCCAGUCAUCUAACUUAUCAUCUGUUGUUUUGUCGUAUUGUUAUGGUUUAUAUCCUAUUAAUACCGUGUAUUAGGGCCUCUAGCAUUGACCCUAUUUUUUCUUCUAUGAUCUUUAUAAUUUUUGGUUUUAUAUUUAGGUCUUUGAUCCACUUUGAAUUAGUUUUGACUUUUUUUUUUUCCUGUAUAAAGCUUUCCACUAGGCCCUGCCUUGUUCUCUAACCGUCCAAGACUGGUUAUUUGCAUGAGGGGUAUGUAAACAAUGCCUUGGCCUAAAACCUAAAAUGUAAAUAGUACAUGAGUAUGGGGUCUAAGUCCUCUUAUAGCGAUCUCUUUUGGUUUGGAGGGAGGUAGUACUGAAAGGAAAGCUGCCUGUCCUUAGUAAACCACAGCAGCUUCAAAGGACCCAACCAGUAAAUACUUCCUACAAGCUAGGGUCCCUAUAUGUACAUAUCACUGGGAGGAGAUAUAGAGGCAUAAAAGGUCUCAAUUCCUAGACCUUUGCAGGAAGCCUGCCCGCUCACUGGGAUAAAUCAUACACACAUAAAAAGGUAAAUGAAAACAGUAAAGGACCAAAUAUAUGGUACUGAAAGUUUCUACCUUCAUGGCAGGUCACAGGUGGAUUUGUAACCUGGGCCUUCUGAAACUGUUUCCACAUGUGUGUGUGCACACAUACCUGUGCUUGCAGAUGUGUAUCAUUUUAGAGAAAGGUGCUAAAAUUUCCAUCAGAUUCUCAAAAUGGCCCAACUCCUUCCCCUUGAAAUAGUACAUACAUACUUAAAUAACAAUAAAGGCCCUCGAAAGUAAAAUAUCAAAAGUGAUACUAUAAUGUAGUCCAAGGAUUCCUGGCACCUGACUCAACGGUCUGUCUUCACUUGGCUUAUACCCACCAUGUCCCUGUGGCAGAACUUCCUAAAGCAUUAAGGGCUAAGUUUCUGACUAGUCUGACUGAUUUUACCGUUGUUCCAAAUUUUGAUAUGGAUAUACCUUGGAGCUGAGUGAGGAGAUCCAUCAUUUGGGCCUGGGACCCUAACACCCAGUCAGGAUACCAGGAUACAAUCAGUGCACCCAGCCCCCCAGCUCCGUUUAGGAAGACCACAUAGAUGUGAUAUUGGUAGAACGGCCUCUUUAUGACUGAUCCGCAAGAGCACAUGGAAGUUUACUUGUAGGAAAGGCACACAAAAUUUGAAACCUGAAUUAAUCUUUAUCAGGGAAGUCAAAGAUCAGGCAUUCAAAAUACAAACUUAUGUAGCCCAAGUACUGGGUAUUCUAGGCACGUGGGAAGCACUCAAAAAGAAAAGAAAAAAAAGAUGGUGAAUGAAUAAGUGAAGUGAGGUGUAGGUGGUAAAGACGGGUGAGAUGAGGAACAAGAUGGCAGAGGUAGAGAGACUGCUAGAAUUACACCUCUCCCUUAUUGGGAAGCAGCAUAGCUCCUGCCCUUUGGGAGCUUAAUUAAUGUUCAGUAGGAACUCAGGCAUCCAGCUUCAGUCAUUUGACUUAAUCCUCACUAUAGUCCCAAUGGAAACCCUGGUGGGUAGGGGUUAAGCGCUACGGCUGCUAACCAAAGGGUUGGCAGUUCGAAUCCGCCAGGCGCUCCUUGGAAACUCUAUGGGGCAGUUCUACUCUGUCCUAUAGGGUCGCUAUGAGCCAGAAUUGACUCGACGGCACUGGGUUUGGUUUUUUUGGUUAUAGUCCCAAUAAGGAGCCUUGCUCUGUUGCUAACCAAAAGGUUGCAAUUCAAACCCACCCAGUGGCUCUUCGGGAGAAAGACCUAGCAAUCUGCUCCCAUAAAGAUUAGUCUUGGAAACCCUGUGGGGCAGUUCUACUCUGUUCUAUAGGUCACUAUGAGUCGGAAUCCCAAUACCCAUAUAGUGUCUGGCAUAGGGUGGCAAAUAAAUGUUUACUUCAGGGAUGAAUAAUACAGGUAACCUGCACUGCUUGAAAUCUCACUGUCUGAACUCAGGAGCCAAACAGAUUUAGAUAAUGCAAAGUCCCCUGCUACCUGAAUCCAUUCACUAUUUGAAGAGAACUGAAAAGAUCUGGCAAGUGAGUGGUAUCUGUGCUGCUAAAUUCUUCCGAUGCUCCUAUACAGUAGUAAGGACGAUGAAAUAUAUAAACUUGUUCCUAAGGGACAGGCUAGAGGGGUAGAUAGUACUCUACCAUACCAUAUUAGGUGAGACGUAUUUGGUUGCAGGUAACAAAAGCCUGACUGCUGUGGCCAAACUACAAAGGGUUAAUUUUCUUACAGAACAGAGGUCUGGAGUUAGUGGUGUGGCAACUCCACUAGAACAACAAUGUCUCAGACUUCUCCUGUUUCUCAUUUUUGUCCUCUUCCUUAUCACCUUGACUGCUCUACUUCCAGCUUGUACUGCAGGCAAGGAGGAGGGAAGCAUAGGGAAAAAAGAACAGUGCCUACCAACAAGAAGGCAAAGAUUUUUCCAGAUAUGCUUAGCAGACCUUUGAUUGUAUUUCACUGAUCAGAAAUGCGGUACAUAACCACCACUAGCUGCAAAGAGUCUGGAAUAGUAUUUUAUAUUGACACCCAAAACAAAAGCACGGUCAACUGCUAUGGAAGGAGUGGAAGGAGAGAAUGGAUACUGGGUAGGAGCUAACGAUGUCUUCCACAAGUGUGUGCAAAGUGCUAUUCAUCCAUUCACCGAAAAAAAAAAAAAUGUAAGCACUUUGUGCCAGGCACUGUUCUGGUUACUAGGCAUGCAGCAGGAAAUGGGACAGGCAAGGUUGCUGAUUUACUGGAGUAUAUACACUCUGGUGGGAUAAAAGAGACAAUAAACAAAUAAGUUGACACGAUUAUUUCAGACAGCACUAAAAGCCAUAAAGACAGAGUCAUAUGAGAGACUAACGGUCAAGUGAUCAGAAGCCUGUCAGAGGAGUUGAUCACAGGGUAGCUCUGCAUUAUCAUCCUCCCAACCAACUUAAGAAGUACGUACCAUUUCUAUAAUCUGUGAAAUAAGGGAAUUGGGGCACAGGAUGGUUAAGCAACUUGCCAAAAGUCAUGCAACUAGUAAGUAGCAGAGCUGGGCUUUGAACCAAGGCCACUGUACUCUACAGUGCACUCAACCACUGAGUUAUGCCAACCUCUCUGCAUGACAAACAGGAAGCUGUUCCAGUUAUCUAUCGCUGCUUAGCAAACACCCCAAAAUUUAGCAGCUUGAACAGCCACUAGCAUUUAUUUUGCUAACGAAUCUGCACUUUGGGGUGGGUUCAGUGGGGACAGCUCAUUUCCACUGCAAAAAGUGUUGGCUGGGGUGAACUGAGUGGGAGCUAGAGGAUGUACUUCCAAGAGGGCUCACUGAGAUGGCUGGCAAGUUGCUGCUAGCUACUGGUUCUCCACAUGGGCCUCUCCACUGGCAGCCUGGUUUUUCUCACACAGUGUCUGGGUUCCAAGAGUGAGUAUCCCAAGGACCAGGAAUAAGCUGAAUCACCUUGUAUGACUAGGUAUCAUUUGAUUAGAAAAUUAGUAGACCAUAUGUGUGAACACAGAUUUCCAACCUAACAAUAGUGUUUGUACCUUCAGGAGGAGAAUUAUUUGAGUCUAGUACAAUGCGGUUUGGCUCGGGUUAUGCCAGAGAUGAGCUUACAUAAGGUGGGGGAAAGCAAGGAAACAGGGCCAACUAUUGGGAGCAAUCAGCCCUUUGCUACUUACGUUUAAAGUGCUAUUCAUAACUCAAGCUGUGAAUCCUCUCAUCUUGGAAUCAACUCAAAAAUGAAUCUCUCUGAGAAAUGGUUAUACAGUAAACCUGACUGUUUGGAAUAACAGCUACCAAUUAUCAACUGCCUCAUUAUAGCCAGUGCUUUAUGUAAGUCAGCUCACUCAGUCCUCACAACUACGUAAGGCAGGCAUAAAUAACCCUGAUUUACAUUUGAGGAAGCUGAAACUUGAAGGAUAAGUAGCUUGCCCAGGGUCACAGUUAUUAAGCAACAGAGCUUGGAUUCCAGGCGCAACCUGUCUAACUCCAAAGCCCAAACUCCUUCUCUAAUGGAGGGAGUGGUCUACAGGAAAUCUGAAACUAAAACACUGUAUUAUUUGGCUCUGAAAUACACUUUAGAAAUUACACAGUUUUGGAAUAUGCCAGAAACUUAAAAAAAUUAACUUACUAGUUAUGUCUAAUUUAGUCUGAAAUUACAAUAACACUCCUUGCAAGGAGAGCUAGGUGGUGAAAGGGCCAAGGUCAAGGAGCAAGAGGAAGCCAGCUUCCGCUUAGUGUUUACCAUCACAUAUCUAUACCCUGAAAGAUAGUUAAUCGCUAGGAAGGGUGUCGGGAUGAUUCUGCUGGAACAACUGAGGCCUGAGAAUAAAUGGAAAGCAGGGUAUUUCUAGUUGGCUAGCUGAUAAAAAAAAAAAAAGAUCAUGAAAUUGUUAAAAGGCAACAAAAGU